AUGAAUAUCAAUGACCAUCCUGCUCAUUCCAUCUGUGGUGUUCCUGGCACUCAUAUGUUGAUUACUCGAUUUUGUUCAAUACCGUGGUGGACGCGAGUCUGGGUUGCACAAGAAGUAGCCGUUGCGAGGAAUGUCUUGGUUGUUUGGGGAUCCCAUACCUUUGACUGGGGAUCUUGCACGCAUGCUAUAGAUGUAUUGGAGAAUUACACCGCAUAUCUGGUCCAUAAUAAUGACGACGAAGAAACUCGCAAAGCCUGGGAACCUAUAAACACCGUUAUUCUCCAAGCUAGGGCAGUAGCAGUUGCUAGUAAAUGGUAUAAGGAUCAAGGAAUAGAUUUGAAAGACUUACUCUACCUCUUCUGGGGUUCUGGGGCCACUGAUCCAAGAGAUAAAGUAUAUGCCUUGCUUGGGUUGGCACGAGAUUCUCAUCCGGAUGCCCUAGUUCCAGAUUACUCCUUGAAGACAGAGACUGUGUAUGGGAUGGUUAUUAAAGACUUGGUUACUCGCUCAGGCAGCCUCGAUGCCUUGAUGUGGUGUUCAGGACCCACUGCUGGCUCGGUGACUGGUACCCCUACCUGGGCUACAGACUGGGCAAGUCAAGGAUAUUUUCCAGCUAGGCCAUUACGGGAAAUGAGGCAAAGGAUUUGUGAUGAUUCUAGACUGGCAGCCAUCAAGACACCUGAAGCACUUUUCUACGCUUCUGGCCUCAAGGACACAACGCCAUAUAUUACUUACUCGCCUGAUUGUCUAAGAAUCAGCCUCCUGGGCAUUUGUGUCGAUGUCGUGGGCCGCCUGAGUGCUCCUGUGCUUCGCGUCACUCCAGUGACCAGCAAGUUCCUUGAAAACUGGCAGCGCAUCGCAGAUGAAAGAGGCACAUACUAUGUCACCGGAGAGACCAUCAAAAUUGCGUUCACUCGAACGAUUUUCAUUGAUCAAGUGCAAGUCGAUGUCCAUAUCAAUGACUCUAUACACGAAAUCCUCCUCAACUGGCAAGCAUGGCUAUAUUUCAUGAGAAUUUUCAUGACGAGCAAGAAGGGCUAUAUGGGAUUAGUGCCAAGGGAAACCGAAGAGGGAGACUUGAUUUGUAUCGUUAAAGGAGGGUGGGUUCCUUUAAUUUUAAGGAAGAAAGAUGAUUAUUUUUUGAUGAUUGGAGAAGCCUAUGUUCAUGGAGCCAUGUACGGAGGCCUUAUUGUGGACUGGAAUCAUCCACCUUCUCCACUCCAGCAGUUCGAAGUAAGUGCUUUGCUUUUGGCAAGCAAGCGAAGGGAUUGUAGUGACAACCGAAGUGUGACACCUCUACGAGAACUUCCUAAGGAGUAUCCGAAGACGCGGCUUGUUCUUGGGGUGGGCAUUUAG